AUGCACCAUGGUAAUGGUCCCCAGAAUGCCCAGCGCCAGCUCCAGAGGUCCAGGUCCUUCACGGGCAGUGAGGGAGAAGAGCAACAGGCAAAUUUACCCCAGUCCCCUGCAGCUUCUUUUGCACCUUCUGCAAGUCCAUCUGCACCCCAGUCCCCCAGUUACCAAAUACAGCAAUUUAUAAUGAGUCGAAGUCCAGUAGCUGGGCAGAAUGUGAACAUCACGCUGCAAAAUGUUGGACCGGUGGCUUCAGGAAACCAGCAGAUAACGCUUACCCCAUUGCCAAUUCCAAACCCAACAUCACCGAGUUUUCAGUUCAGUCCUCAGCAGAGGCGGUUUGAGCAUGGAUCCCCAUCGUAUAUUCAAGUUACGUCACCGCUGCCUCAACAAGUUCAGUCUCAAAGCCCUACACAGCCUAACCCUGUGCCAGUGCAAACGCUACCAAGUGUUCGGGCAGGCACUCCAGGCCCUGGCUUGGGUAUGUGCAGCCAGAGCCCUACUAGAGGGUUUGUAGAUGCUAGUGUGCUUGUGAGACAAAUCAGCUUGAGUCCUUCAAACGGUGGACACUUUGUGUAUCAGGAAGGACCGGGAAUUGCACAAAUUGCUCAAGGAGCUGCUGCACAAGUACAGCUUCCAUCUUCUGGGACACCUGCUACGGUAAGGGAACGCAGGCUUUCACAACCUCAUUCUCAGUCUGGUGGCACCAUUCAUCACCUCGGUCCUCAAAGUCCUGUAGCUAGCGGAGCAAAUAUGCAAUCUUUGACUAGCCCGGGCCAUAUUACGACGACCAGCUUGCCACCCCAAAUCAGCAAUAUUAUCCAAGGGCAACUUAUGCAGCAGCAGCAGCAAGUGCUUCAGGGACAGCAGCUGGGUAGACCCAUUGGAUAUGACAGGACUUCUGGUGGAUUGAUAGCAGGAGUUGGAGGGCCUAGUGCAUUUGGAAUGACAUCACCACCUCCUCCCACAAGUCCUUCACGGGCCACUGUACCACAGGGGCUGUCAAGUCUUCCUCUUACUCCUACGGUUAAUACAGCAGUGAAAAAACAACCCAAAAAAUUGGAGGAGAUUCCUCCUGCCAACCAAGAGACUGCUCAAAUGAGAAAACAAUGUUUGGAUCAUCACCACAAGCAGAUGGAAAUUCUUAAGGAAACUUUUAAGGAAUGUUUGAUUGAACUGUUUUUCCUGCAACAUCUUCAAGGGAAUAUGAUGGACUUUUUAGCUUUUAAGAAGAAACACUGUGUUCCACUACAAGCAUACCUGAGGCAAAAUGACUUGGAUCUGGAGGAGGAAGAAGAGGAAGAACAAUCUGAGGUCAUCAACGAUGAGCAAACGCAUACAGGGACUCCAGUAACAGCGACUGUGAACACCAUAGAAAUUGAAGCUUUUAAGAGACAGCAGGCACUUGCACCAGCAGAUUCGUCUAAGAGACCACGAAUUGAAGUGGGCCGUCAUGGGAUGGUUUUUCAGCACCCGGGUGUGGCUUCAGGAGUUCCUCUUCAACAGCUAAUGCCAACGGCACAAGGUGGAAUGCCUCCCACUCCUCAAACUGUACAGCUGACUGGACAGAAACAGAGUCAACAACAGUAUGACCCGUCUAAGGGCCCUCCUGUGCAGAACGCAGCAAGUCUGCAUACACCUCCACCGCAGCUGCCAGGGAGACUGCAACCUGCAAAUGUCCCCAUGACGUCUCUUCCAGCUGCGCUGCAGCUUUCACAGCAGCAACCACAGAUAGUGGAAUCUCCAGCUCAGCCUCAGAUUCAGGUGAAGAUCCAGCCUCAAAGCGUUCCCCUGACUUCCGCUCCGCUUCCAGCACCACUUCAACAGCAGGUGCCACCAGCAAUCCAUGUGCAAGGACAGACACCAAACCAAGUGUCACAGCCACAAGCUACAAUACAGCAACAGACUGUGACUCUGACACGACCAUCAGUAGAUCCUGCUCAGACUUCUCAGCGUCUUACGGCAAAUACACUACCGCCUACCUCAUCUGUUGCGCCAGCAGCUAUCUCGGGCACAACACCGCCUUCUACAUAUCCAGUACAAACAAACAGGACCUCUCCAGCAACUAACAAGUCCCUGUCUCCUAUUGCAUCAAAACCCCCAGGCUUAGCAGUAGCAGCAGCACCUAAAACACAAAGUCCAGCUCAGAAUGCAGCAGUAUUACCACAGGACAACUCUCAAGACAAGCUUGCUGAGCAAGUAAAGCUGGAAAAUCAAAUCCAUCAGCGAAUAGCAGAACUGAGAAAGGAAGGUUUAUGGUCCCUGAGGCGAUUGCCUAAACUCCAGGAGGCUCCAAGACCAAAAUCUCACUGGGAUUAUUUGCUGGAAGAAAUGCAGUGGAUGGCAACUGAUUUUGCCCAAGAGAGAAAGUGGAAGAUGGCAACUGCUAAGAAGAUGGUAAGAACUGUGGCUCGUUAUCAUGAAGAAAAGAAACUUAAUGAAGAGCGAGCUAAAAGGGAAGAACAAAACAAACUAAGGCGAAUUGCUGCAUCAAUUGCUAGAGAAAUAGAAUACUUCUGGUCUAACAUUGAACAGGUUGUUGAAAUAAAGCUGCAAAUCGAAUUUCAAGAGAAAAGGAAAAAAGCUUUGAAUUUAAAGAGAAUUUCAAGGAAAGGUAAGGAUACAAAACCUCCAGAAGACCUUUUAUUGGAAAAAGAAAGUGAAAUGGGUUCUUCUUCAUCUGGAAGGAAAAGAAAGGCAAGCACGUCUUUGACUGAUGAGGAAGUUGAAGAUGAAGAAGAAACAAUUGAAGAACAAGAAGCUAAAGAAGGAAACAUAAAUCAUCAAACUGAAUUAUCUAAUCUCGCCAAAGAAGCUGAAUUGCCUCUGGAAGAUUUACUAAAGAUGUAUGAAGGUGCCUUUGCAGAAAAUUUUCACUGGCCUCAGCCGAAGCCUGACAGUGAAGAGGAUAGCAGUGAGGAAGAAAUGGAAGACCAUAUCUCUGAUAGGGAAAGUCCUCAGAAGGAAGUUGUCCUAAUAGACUCCCUUCUCAGCAUUGACCAGUAUAAGGGUAUAGACAGAUCAAGUCCUCCAAAGAAGCAUAUGCGAGACAUAUCAGAAGUUGCUGCUGCAGCAGAAAUGCUGUUACCUAAAGGCAGCUCUAGGAUAACAACAGCGGUAAAAUACAAUACUCCAUCGCUACUGUAUGGGCCUCUCAGAGAAUAUCAAAAGAUUGGGCUGGAUUGGUUAGCAAAGCUGUACAGGAAGAAUCUCAAUGGCAUUCUGGCAGAUGAGGCUGGGCUUGGAAAAACAGUACAAAUUAUCGCCUUUUUUGCCCACUUGGCUUGUAAUGAAGGUAAUUGGGGCCCUCACCUUGUUGUUGUACGGAGCUGUAACAUACUGAAAUGGGAGCUGGAAUUGAAACGCUGGUGCCCAGGGUUGAAAAUACUUCUCUACUUUGGCAGCCAAAGAGAACUUAGGGCAAAAAGACAGGAAUGGACAGAACCCAACAGCUUCAAUGUGUGUAUUACUUCAUACAAACAACUGUUCAAAGGCCACCCAGCAUUUAUGAAAAUGCGAUGGAAAUACUUAAUAGUAGAUGAGAUGCAACAAAUAAAGAACAUGACUGAGAAACACUGGGAGGCACUUUUCAGUCUCCGCAGCCAGCAUCGUUUGCUUCUGAUAGACACUCCUUUGCAUAACACAUUGAUGGAGUUGUGGACCAUGGUACAUUUUCUGAUUCCGGGAAUUUCCAGACCUUAUCUAGAUUUUCCAGUAAAAGCAGCUAAUGAGGAGAACCAGGAUUAUUGCCAUAAACUGGUCAUCAGGUUACACAGAAUGAUUCAGCCAUUUAUUUUGCGAAGAUCAAAAAGAGACGUUGAAAAGCAGCUAACAAAGAAAUACGAACAUGUGCUGAAGUGUCGUCUUUCUAGUCGACAAAAAGCUAUGUAUGAAGAUGUCAUAUUACAACCAGGAACCCAAGAAGCCCUCAAAAGCGGACACUUCAUCAGUGUCCUGCAUGUCCUGAUGCAGCUGCAACGGAUUUGUAAUCACCCUGAUCUGAUAAACCCCCGGCUUUCAAGUACCUCUUAUGUAUCAGAAACACUGGAAUACAGAACUGCGUCUCUGGUACUGAGUGCCCUAGAAAGGGACAUUUGGAAGGAAUCAGACCUGUCUCUUUUUGAUCUCAUUGGAAUGGAAAACAAAAUGACUCAUUAUGAAGCACAAAUGUUGCCAAAACAAAAGGUUACUAGAAAGUUGAUUGAAGAAAUCUACAGCUCCCCUCCACCACCGGCUAGGCCCAACCCAGUGAAGCUCAAACCAAGCAGGUUGUUUCAACCCGUUCAGUAUGGUCAGAAGCCUGAGGGCAGGACUGUAGUUUUCCCAAGCACUCAAGUACAACGCACGGUGACCACAGCGACAGUAACUCAACAGGGGCAAGUACGAGGAAGAUCACCCAUAGCUACAGUGUCUUCAAAUCAAGCCGCAGCAGCACAGUUUCAGACAACUCAGGCUUCCACCAGUGCUCCACGACACCAGCCCGCAGCGACCUUCACCACAGCAACUAGCACAGCCAACCCUGUGAAACCGCGGGGCCAGACCUCUGCGCAGGCCUCUCAGCUAGGCCAGGCCCAGCCACAGGCCCCCUCGCACACCAUCCAACAGAGUGUGCUGCCUCAGAGGCUGGUACUGACCUCUCAGGCCCAGGCACGGUUGCCUAGUGGUGAGGUAGUAAAAAUAGCCCAGCUGGCUUCUAUAGCAGGAGCACAAGGCAGAAUUGCUCAGCCAGAGACCCCUGUAACACUGCAGUUCCAAGGGAACAAGUUCACUUUAUCACAUAGUCAACUUCGCCAGCUCACUGCAGGGCAACCCUUGCAGUUACAAGGAAGUGUUCUUCAGAUUGUUUCAGCACCCGGUCAGCAGUAUUUGAGACCUCAAGGUCCAGUUGUCAUGCAGACGGUUUCCCAAGCGGGAACUGUUCAGAAUGCUCUGAACGCUUUAGGAAACCAGCAUCAAGCAGGUGUCCCAACUUCCACAGCAGUGACACAGCAAGUUUGUAUUCCAGGUAGAACUGCAGUUACUAAUUUGUCAUCUGGUGACAUGGGAGCAGCAUUAAAACCAGCACUUACACAUGGACAACUGCAGGAAACGUAUGAAGAAAAGAACCGGCUUUUGAAGGAGCGCCUGGACAGAAUAUUUUCUGGCAAUGAGCGCCGUUGUUCACGGGCCCCAAUGUAUGGCAAAGACUUGCUGAGUGUUUGUUCUUUGACUGGUGAAAGAAAGCCAUCUCAGCUGUCUUCCACUGAAGACAACAGUUGGAGGUGGGCUGGCUUUGUGAACUGUUGCCUUUCUUCAAGUGCCUCUGGAGGCCCAAGUAACCCACUGCGUGUUCAGCAACAAGAAUCUCUAAAGGAUGUUGUUAAUAGGGCUCUCUUCGUAUUGCCAGCUGCAGUUGCUGCUCCCCCAUGUUUGUAUGUAGCAAAUCCCCCCCCUUCAUAUAGUCACAGAUUGAAACUCCUUAAGCACAGCCUUAAGCAGAAGGCAGCUCCACACUUGCAUCAGUUGCAACAGAUUGCAACUCCUCACUUGCUACAGUUCCCUGACCUCCGGCUGGUGCAGUAUGACUCAGGAAAAUUAGAAGCUCUUGCUGUCUUGCUUCAAAAGCUGAAAUCUGAAGGGCGCCGUGUGCUGAUUUUGUCACAGAUGAUUCUGAUGUUGGACAUACUGGAAUUGUUCCUGAAUUUCCAUUUCCUCACGUUUGUGAGGAUUGAUGAAUAUGCUAACCAUGAACAACGGCAGGAGCUGAUGAAAAUUUUCAACAGAGACAAGCGCAUUUUCUGCGCCAUCCUUUCCUCUCACAGUCGUUCCACUGGAGUCAAUCUUGUUGAGGCAGACACCGUUGUGUUCUAUGACAAUGAUCUAAACCCAGUGAUGGAUGCAAAAGCUCAGGAAUGGUGUGACAGAAUUGGGAGAUGUAAAGAUAUCCAUAUAUACAGGCUUGUCAGUGGUAAUUCUGUAGAAGAGAAGCUUUUGAAAAACGGCACAAAGGACUUGAUCAGAGAAGUAGCUGCUCAGGGAAAUGACUAUUCAAUGGCCUUUUUAACACAGCAAACAAUUCAGGAAUUGUUUGAGGUUCAUUCUCCUAUGGAGGAUUCUGGAUUUAGAGUGAAAGCAGAAGAAUUUGUAGUACUUUCUCAAGAGCCAUCUCCAGCAGAAAAUAUUUCACCUAAAGUUGCAAGACCAUUCAUAGAGGCCCUCAACAGUAUUGAACAAGAGGAUGAGGAGUCAAAUGAUCGCAUGCAAGAAAUAGGACCUGAAUCAAGCAUUGAACCUUUAAUCACAGAGCUCUGCGAGGCAAAAUACAAUGAAGAGCCCUCACAGCUGCAGCAGUUGGUUGCUGUUGUGGAUCAGCUGACUCCAAUUGAGAAGUAUGCUUUGAAUUAUUUAGAGCUCUUCCACGUUUCAGUUGAUGAGAAUGAGCCACGGUUGAAUGAGAUGGAAUUGAAAACUGCAAAGAAAGCAUGGGAAGUUCAGCAUAUGAAGGAGUUAAAGGAAAAACAGCAAAAAAUGCUUUGGGAGGAUGAAGAGGAACUUCUAACGUACACUCGGGAGGAUGCAUACAAUAAAGAAUAUGUCUAUGAAGGUCCAGAUGGACAAACCGAAAUAAUGCCACUUUGGACUCCUCCCACUCCACCUCAGGAUGACAAUGAUAUCUACAUUGAUUCUGUUAUGUGCCUGAUGUAUGAUACCACCCCUAUUCCAGAAUCAAAGUUGCCUCCAGUGUAUGUCAGGAAGGAACGUAAGCGACACAAAACAGAUCCAUCUGCUGCAGGUAGGAAGAAAAAGCAACGUCAUGGAGAGACAGUUAUUCCACCUCGUUCACUUUUUGAUCGAGCAACUCCAGGAAUGUUGAAAAUGCGCCGAGAGGGCAAAGAGCAAAAGAAAAACAUCUUGUUGAAACAACAAACGCAGUUUGCAAAGCCUUUGCCGACUCUUGUCAAACCAGCUGCUGAGGCUGGACAGGAUAAUCCAGAGUGGUUGAUCAGUGAAGACUGGGCACUUCUGCAGGCAGUGAAGCAGCUGCUGGAGCUUCCUUUAAAUCUUGCUGUUGUAUCGCCAGCACACACUCCCAAUUGGGACCUUGUUAGUGAUGUUGUUAACUCAUGCAGCAGAGUCUAUCGCUCACCAAAACAAUGCCGAAACAGAUAUGAAAAUGUCAUUAUUCCAAGGGAAGAAGGAAAGACUAAAAACAGUCGCCCACUUCGUACCAAUCAGAUCUAUGCUCAAGAUGAGGGUGCCACCCACACGCAACUUUAUACUAAUCAUUUUGAGAUGAUGAAAAUGAUUGCAGGGAAAAGAAGCCCACCUAUCAAACCUCUACUUGGCAUGAAUCCUUUCCAGAAGAAUCCAAAGCAUGCGUCAGUGCUUGCAGAAAGUGGAAUCAGCUAUGAUAAGCCACUUCCUCCAAUUCAAGUUGCAUCCCUCCGAGCAGAACGUAUUGCAAAAGAGAAAAAGGCUUUGGCUGAACAGCAGAGGGCACAGCAACAGACAGGUCCGCAGCCUCAGCAGCAGCAAGCUGGCCAGCAGCAAGCUCAGCAACCAACUGUACAACAAGCACAAGCCCAACCUCAGCCGCAGGCUCAGGCACAGGUAGUUCAGCAGCCACAGGCAGUAGUGCAGACUGCAGUAACUACUGUGGCCAACACAGCAGUAUUGGCGGGCACAAUCAAAACAGCAGUUACGGGGACAAGUAUACAGACUGCUACAGUGAGUGGAAAUGUCAUAGUGAACACCGUUGCUGGAGUCCCUGCUGCUACCUUUCAGCCCAUCAAUAAACGUCUGGCUUCACCUGUUAUACCUGGAACAUUGGCUACUUCGGGAGGCACUGCAACUGCACAAGUGGUACAUACCCAGCAGCGAACUGCGGCAGCACCUGCUGCUUCCACAGAACUGGUGACCAUAGCAUCUACCCAGGGAGUUCGCGCAGUAACAUCAGUGACAGCAUCAGCAGUAGUAACUACAAACUUAACACCCGUGCAGACCCAGACAAGAUCUUUGGUGACUCAAGUUACACCAGCUACACCAACAGUCCAGCUGUCUGGCAAAACAAUCACCCCUGCUCACUUCCAGCUUCUGAGGCAACAGCAGCAGCAGGCUGCUCAGGUGCAGGUCCCACAGAUUCAGGCUCAGGCACAAGCCCAGUCUCCAGCUCAAAUAAAAACUGUAGGGAACUUGUCACAGGAGCAGCUGAUCAAGUUGCAGAAGCAGAAACUGCAGCUUCCCCAGCAGCAGGCAGCGCAGCAGACACAGCAAGGGGCACAACAGCAAACAGCACAAGUACAAGUGCAACAGCAACAGCAAACUCAACAACUCGCUGCUGUUACAGCACCUCGUCCUGGCGCAGUUCUCACAGGCACUACUGUGACAAACCUUCAAGUUGCUCGUCUUACUCGUGUUCCUGCUUCCCAGCUUCAAGCACAAGGACAGAUCCAGGCCCAAACUCCGCAAGCAGCACAGGUUGCUUUGGCAAAGCCUCCGGUAGUGUCUGUUCCAGCCGCUGUUGUGUCAUCUGCAGGAGUCACUACACUCCCCGUUACUGUUGCAGGCAUUAGUGUUGCCAUUGGGCAGCCACAGAAAGCAGCAGGAGGCCAGACGGUAGUUGCACAGCCACUGCAUGUCCAGCAGCUUCUAAAACUCAAGCAUCAUCAAGCAGCACAGCAACAGAAAGCUAUCCAGCCUCAGGUUGCACAGGGUCAAGCUACUGUGCAGCAAAAGAUAAAUGCUCAACAGGUUACAGUCCAAACCCAACAGCAGACGUCGCAGCAACAGAAAGUAACUUACACGACACAGCCUGCCAUUAAAACGCAGUUCUUAACAACUCCAAUUUCCCAAACCCAGAAACCAGGUGGAACCCAGCAAGUGCAGGCCCAGAUUCAGGUACAGGUUGCAAAACUUCCUCAAGUGGUCCAGCAACAGGCUACUGUUGCCAACAUUCAACAGAUGGUUUCAGUUUCCCAACAGGUACAAGCUCAACCCCAAACUGUGACACUUUCUCAGACGACAGCAGGUCAACAGCAGGUUCAGGUGAUUCCUGCAACAACUGCUACUGCUCAGGUCGUCCAGCAGAAACUGAUACAACAGCAAGUCGUGACAACAGCAUCUCCCCAGAUUCAGGCUCCAGGUGUACAGAAUCCAGCCCAGACACCAGCAACAUCUGAAGCCCAGAAUCAGCAAGCAAAAGUACAAAUGAGGACGCCUACUGUCAGAUUAAAGGCACCUACUAAACCAAGUUGAACUAAUGAUUAAAAUGCAAUAACAGGGAAACACAGCAUUUCUUGUUUGCUAAGCCAAGUGAGAAGCUACUCCAGACAUCCAAAUGAAGACAAACAACCUCUAUUUUUUUUUAGCAGAAGCUUUUUUGCUGGUGAACAUUUAAACAUGGAAACUCUCACGUAACUUCAGUGUAUUAGCAACUGUUUAGCGCUCAAAAUCUGUACAAGAUGCAUUCUGCCAGUGUUCUCUGUGCU